UUGCAGAUACUCUUCUAUCACAAAUCACUCCUGCUAUCAAUUUUCUCCACCCACUCCACCCUGCCUGCACUCUUUUCUUCGCUUAUCUAGCAAACAAUGCGUUUAAAUAUUUGCGGUUACUGUCCCUUUUGGCCUUCCACACAGCCCUGAUGCGAGACGCCCGAAUUGGGACGCGAUAAACACUUUAAAUAGAGGAUGAGGGCAAAGCAAACCGCCGAUCUUAACGCUCUCCAGAGGCAGGAACAUCUAUAAGAUCUUAAGUGAGGCCCAGAGGAUGACCCGGUUACCUGAGCGAAAGGACUAACUUAAAGAGGAAUUGUAUAAAGCAAGCGUGCCAUCAUGAUGCCAGUUACCUCAAACAACACAAACAGAGAGGCUUCAAAUCCCCCUUUCUGCUUUUCAAAUAACAUAUCGCUCAUAACUAACGACCCCGUCGCCUCAAUCUACUUUCCAAGCGUGUUCUGUGUGCUGGGCCUCACUUCCAAUUUAAUCGCCUUCGUGGUGCUGAUCAAAGCCUUCCGGCGGACUCACAGCCGUUCUCGUUCAUCCUUUCUUCUCUUUCUGUGUGGACUGGUGGUGACUGACUUCAUGGGUCUGCUGGUCACUGGAGUCAUCGUGAUCUCUACUCGCAUAAUAGACAUCGGCUGGCAGGGCCUGGAUCCCCACUGUCACCUCUGCAACUUCAUGGGAAUGUCUAUGGUAUUUUAUGGACUGUGCCCUCUCCUUUUGGGUGCCACAAUGGCGGUGGAGAGAUUUAUAGGUAUCACUCGGCCUUUUACCCGCUCUACCAAUAAGUCAAAUAGCCGAGUGUACACCACGGUGGCCAGCGUGUGGAUGACGGCCGGGGUCAUCGGCCUGUUACCUUUUAUUGGUUUGGGCAGGUACCAUCUCCAGACCCCAGGUUCAUGGUGCUUCCUAAACAUCAGCUCUGAGCCACUGGAUAUGGCCUUUUGCCUGGUGUUCUCACUGGUCGGAUUGACAUGUCUGGCUGUGUCCUUCAUCCUGAACACAGUGAGCGUGGUCACCUUGCUGCGGGUCUGCUGUGGGCAGAACUCACACCAACGCCGGAGAGACAACGAGAUAGAGAUGAUGGUGCAGCUCAUCUUAAUCAUGGUCAUUGCAUCCAUCUGCUGGUAUCCACUGCUGGUGUUUAUUGCACAGACUGUAUUGUCUUCAUCAAAGCCCGUCAUCAGAUCCCUGUUGCUCUUCAUUCGCCUUGUCACGUGGAACCAGAUCAUGGAUCCCUGGGUCUACAUCCUCUUCCGACGUGCCGUACUGAAGCGGGUCUACCCUCGCUUGGAUUGGUCUCGUGGCUCCUUUGCCAGCAUCUACUCGUCUGUAGGCACCUCUAUGCGCAGACUUACUCGUUCCUCUGUAGAACUCUCAGGCAGACUCAGCGGGCAAGGCUCACCAAAGCAGGAAGAUGAAGUACUGUCAAUGCGGAGAUUCUCUCCUCCUCCUUCCUGAUCAAUACCUGCAUGGUUUAAUGCGUCAGGAUUUAGUUAUAAAGUCUGUAUCGGUCAAAUAUCCCGAAAUUCCUUUUUUUGGUUCACUUCAUUUACUAAUGUUUGACUCACACUUUAUUAUUGUUCCAUUUUCUACAAUAUACUUUCAGUUAAGUCCUAUUUAAAUUUAACUCAUAGCACUUUAAACAAUAGACACUGUCACCAAGCAGCUUCACAGAAAAUUCGCAUUCAGAUCCAGAUCGUUGGAAAGUAGUUAACAAUCCCUGCGAUUUAAAAGUGAAAAGUGAUUUGUGAUUUAUUGAUUUUGCUUUUGUUUAUAUGCUUUGUUUCUGGUAUAUGCUUUUUGAGCAUCCCAUUCCAUGUUUAGUCCCCAUUUGCUGUAAAAUAAC